GCCGAUGUUUUUUUCCGUGACGUCACUUCCUGGCGACUGUCAAAGAAGAAGAAGAGGAAACAAGAUGGCUGCAAGGUUACUCCUCCGCUCAGGCUUCAGGGCCGCCGUGAGCCGCCGGGCCGCUGCUGUCCCGUCUAUGUGCCGCAACAUGGCGGCUGGAGGAAUUCCUACUGAUGAAGAACAAGCCACCGGCAUAGAGAAGGUCAUCAUGAAGGCCAUGAAGGAGGGCUCUGACCCUUACAGCAUGUUGAGGCCCAAGGACUACGCCGGCUCCAAAGUGGAUCCUCACUUGGUUCCCUCCAUCACCAACAAGAGGAUCGUGGGAUGUGUGUGCGAGGAAGACAACACGGCGGUGGUGUGGUUCUGGCUCCACGAGGGCGAGGCCCAGCGCUGUCCGUCCUGCGGUGCCCACUACAAACUUGUCCCACACGAGCUCCCCCACUAAACCCCCCCCCCCCCCCCCCCCCCGUCUAUAUGAACUCUCUGGUCUUUGGGAACAUCCUGUUUGCGCCAGUCCACUUCCUGCUCUGCACUUAACACAUUCUGGUCUGAGUUGGACUUGCUCUGUUUCAAUACUUGAUCAACCCGAUGACCUCAUCUUCUUCUUCGUCUACAAUACAAUGUGUGUGUGGUUCUGUAGUCGCAGCCAAAAGUGGUGUUAAAGAAUUGAAACUUU